CUCCAUAUCCCACUCACCCGCCCCGCCUAUCACCCAAUAAAUUCCCUCAUCAUCGCCGCCCCGACACCAUAAAUUCUUCCAAUCCACCCCCCUCUCCCUCAUUCCCAGGAUGUCCACCGCCGCCGCCAUUUCACUCCUCCUCUUCGCCGCCGCUCUCCUGCUCGCCAUUGCCGUCCGGACAACCAUCGUUACCUGGAUCACCGUCAUCGUACUCCUCGCAUUCGUCGGCAAACGCCGACGCCUCCUCGCCCACGACGGCCACAAGAUCACCUUCGAUGUUGCCUUCUACUUGGCCAAGGUUUUUUUCCGAGAAAGGCCCGGCGGCGUUCUUGCCUUCUCCUGCGCCGCCACCGCUUUGGGCUUAACCACUUUGGCUUGGAUCGGGAAGCCCUGCUGCUAAUUUCUCACCUUAAUUAAUUAUCACAAGUGCUCCUGUAAAAAAACGCAAUUAGCUAGUGAGUGCGUUUGGUUGGGUUUUUCCCUCCCUUUUUAGGGGGGAUAGCGAUUUUUUCCAUCAACGGGUUUUUAGAGUGAUGACGAUGCUAGUGUGAAACUAUCAAACUCAAUCCACCCCCCACCCCCACCCUUCCUUAAGCCAUAAAUGGAUAUUCAUUGCGUUUUGAUAUGUAUCGUAUUUAUUUGUCUUUUACGCUGAUACUGAAUGCAUA